AUGGACAACAGGGCAGAGGUAAAACGAGUUUUCCAGAUGUUUGAUCGAAACGGAGACGGGAAGAUCACCAAGAAGGAGCUCAGGGACUCUUUAGAGAACCUGGGGAUCUACAUUCCUGACAAGGACUUGAUCCAGAUUAUCGAAAAAAUCGACGUGAACGGAGAUGGGUUCGUGGAUAUCGACGAAUUCGGGGCAUUGUACCAGACGAUCAUGGACGAGAGGGAUGAAGAGGAGGACAUGAGGGAAGCAUUCAACGUGUUUGAUCAAAAUGGAGAUGGGUUCAUUACAGUGGAUGAGUUGAGGUCAGUUUUGUCAUCUUUGGGGCUGAAGCAGGGGAGGACAUUGGAGGAUUGCAAGAUAAUGAUAAAGAAGGUGGAUGUUGAUGGAGAUGGGAGGGUUAAUUACAAGGAGUUUAAGCAGAUGAUGAAACGUGGUGGAUUUGCUGCUUUAGGUUCAACUUGA